AUGGCAAGGCAACUAUGGAAACCAAAAAAUCUGUCCGAUACAAUAUUUCCCAUCACGACGCUAAGUGCUCUGAUGGGUUUCGGUGUUUUUCAAUGUCCAAUCGGACGCUCCCGGAUGUUGUUGAGUGGUUUGUACACGAGUGUUUUAUCCGUGAUUUUGUGGAGCUUCUUCAUUAUGAUUUUUCUAGAAACGUACAAUCGCAACGGAACCGAAGAGAACAGAAAUGCGCUUCUUUUUCUGAGUUAUCUCAACCAGGCGACGACUCUAUUCGCACAAAUUUCCAGUUUUUGGCACACAAAAAAACAGUUACGUAUCGUCGAUCGAUUGAUGGAGAUUGACAAAACCCUUUGGAAGCUCGGAGCGUCUUUCGAUUAUCAGCGAUGUUUAUUUGUCGGGAUGUUGAGCUUCGGCAGUUGGUUUUCAUUGUUCCUCGGGAAUGCUAUUUCUAGAAUUUCGUGGCUCACUGACCCGAUGCCACUAGGACAGGCGAUUCUUUUGGUGGUUAUUACCAAAUACCCAGCGAUGAUUCACAUGUUUGUGGGACUGACUUUCUGGAUUUUAGCCUGGUACACGGGCCUCAAAUUUCACGCGAUAAAUAAAUUACUCGAAGAGCCAUACAAGCACAUUUACGGACAAUUUGAAAGUGACGAUUUCGGUAAUUUUUUGCAACAACAAUUUCGUAUUACGUCAUUCAACAACUCGUUGUGUGGAGAUUUGAAGAACGAUCGUGAUCGAUCGGAAUUCAUUCAGAUAAUAAAGCACGUGCAUCUCGAAACGACCCUGCUAACGAAAGACCUCAAUGACAUUUAUGGCGGAUUGAUGCUGGUGCAAUUCGGAAUGGAUUUCGUCCAGUUUACCGUAUUUUCUUACGUGCUCUACGGCAUUUGGGUACGGCCACAGGUUGAGUUCAAAUGGAUACGGUUCAACGUCGCAUUCUUCUGGAUGUCAGCAUUUCUGUUGAAAAUAUUCCUCGUCAACGGGAGUAAAAAUCGAUUCAAAGACACCCAUAAAAGACGAUCUUUCGGGCAUGAUCUACCUUAA